GCUUGUUUAUAUGUUCACCCACAACCACACAUACUAGCCGUAUGCAAACAGUUCAUAUGCAGCUGUGCGUAUCCAAAUUAUAACCAUGCACAUGUAUAAUGCGCCGUAUCUCCCUGACGUGUGCUCGUGGCGCUGUAUUUGAUGAACGGGUCCAUGUGCAUAUGAAUUACUUUCUCAGUGUAGGGUACAAGCAAACUGCCUCUCAGACCCUCGAAGGAUAGACAUUAACUUUUCCCAUUCAUCAAAACGGCACCCGUGUUUGGUCAGUAGAGGGGUAUCCGAAACAAAUAAACUGCCUGAGGGGACAUCACAAUUACUUCACAACGGCUGAUUCAGUUUUGGAGCAGGGGCAGAGCCCUAGAAGAUUUCCAGCAGUCACAUUUGCCGAGCGCCGCUACUGAUCGCCGAGUGUGUGGCGCGGGCGGAUAGAUAGCUAGAUAAAACUGAGUCUAACCAUGCCGAGCCACGAGAAAGACGUUGGUGAUCCUGGAAUCCCUAUGACAAGGGUACAUCAUGAAGUAGAAGAAGAAGAAGAAGAAGAAAGACCUACAACAGGUCUCCAACAAAGAGACACGUGGGGCAGACAUCUGGAUUACAUGAUAACAAUGGUUGGCUAUUGUGUGGGAUUAGGUAACCUGCUAAGGUUCCCCUACAUCUGCAGCAGGAACGGCGGAGGGGCUUUCUUGAUCCCUUUCCUCCUUUUUCUUCUGAUCGCCGGGUUCCCAACUUUUUUCCUCGAGUCGUCAAUCUGUCAGUUCUCGGGAAAGGCUGCCCAACAUGUCUGGAGCAUUUGUCCCAUGUUUAAAGGGAUUGGUUUGGGCGGUGUCGUACUCACAGUCAUCAUGACGCCCUAUUACAGCCUCUAUCUUGCCUGGCCCAUCUACUACAUGGUGAAGUCCUGCUCCAGUGUCCUGCCCUGGACAACUUGUGGCAACAGCUGGAACACCGACCUGUGUGUGGAAGGCGUGAAUACAACCUACAGCAGUAACAAGACACCUCUGGCAGUGAAUACAACAGAUACAAUCCCUGCAGCUGAGUUGUGGGAAAAUGGGACCUUGGCUCACUCACCUGCUGAGGAAUUUUGGCAGUACAAUGUCCAGGGUGUCUCUGCCGGCGUGGAGGACGUGGGAUCUGUGCAGUGGCACAUAGCUGGGUGUCUGUUUGGUUCAUAUGUAAUGAUGUUUCUGUGUCUUAUCCGUGGAGUCAAGUCUGCUGGCAAAGUUGUGUAUGUGACCGCAUUGCUGCCGUACCUUCUCCUUGUUUCCAUCUUCAUAAUUACGCUGCUACAACCAGGCGCUCUAGAUGGCAUACUGUACUACGUCGUUCCAGAUUUCUCAAAACUACUUGACAUACAGGUAUGGAUCGAAGCGUGUCUGCAGGUUUUCUACUCUCUGGGACUUGGCUUUGGAUCAGCUGGGACUGCUGCAAGCUACAAAAAGUUCCAUCAACCAUGUCUCAGAGAUUGCCUCUUAUUGACCAUGGCAUCAGAGGGAACCAGCAUCAUUUCUGGUUUGGUGACAUUUGCUGUUCUCGGGGCGAUGGCAAAGAAAAUUGGUGUUCCCAUUGCAAAGGUAGUUUCGACAGGUCCAGGUUUGGGGUUUGUAACCUAUCCAGAAGCUCUGGCACAACUUCCGCUUCCUCAGCUGUGGUCAUUCCUGUUCUUUCUGAUGCUGCUGAUGGUUGGUUUAGAUUCGAUGUUCCUUGGAAUAGAGGUAGUGGUCACUGCCCUGGUUGAUCAGUAUCCACGACACUUGGGCAACAAGAGGAUGCUUGUAACUGGAGGAUGGUGUCUGAUGUCCUUUUUUCUUGGAAUAGUUUUCUGCACACAGGGAGGCCCGUACAUGUUCCAGCUGAUGGACUGGUAUGUCGCCUCUCUGGCCCCCCUGAUGUAUUGCACUCUGGAAUGUGUCGCCGUGAUGUGGAUAUACGGGGCAAAACAAAUGAGUAGGGACGUAGAGAUGAUGAAUGGAAAACCACUUUCACCACCAGUAAAGAUCCUCUUGGCAUUUGUGACGCCGGUGAUUUUGAUGACGGUUUUCAUCUUAACACUGAUGAGCUACCAGCUACCGACCUACGGCAAGUACGAGUUUCCCAACUACGCCAGUAUUAUUGGCUGGAGUUUCGCCGUGAUCCCACUUCUCCCGCUACCGGUCUACAUGGCCAUUGCUGUCGGAAAACACACGUCAAUGCACUCUCCAAAGAAGAGUGUAACGCUUGCCUUGAAGCCUGCUGAAGACUGGUGUCCUGCAAAUGCAAGAUACAGGGCAGCUCACAGGAUGAAUCAACAGACAGAAAGGCCUUCCAUCAAGGCCAACAUCAUGAACAUUUUUAAACAAUAAGACUUGGCGUUCUUAUCUAAACAGUCCUGAACCUAAUAGUCCUCUAAAUGAGUUUGUUAGGGGUUUACACCAUGUGCAUGUAUGCGUGUGUGCGUGUGCGUGUGCGUGUGCGUGCGUGUGUGUGUGUGUGUGUGUGAUUCACUGGUGUCACCACCACGUACAGACAUGUAACCUGACAUUUCAUCGUUUUCAGCAGUUCUCAUGAUCUGAUACAAGGCAGCCAUCUUAUUAAUAUAUCCUGAUGGGGAUCUCAUAGUAAAAAAUUUAUCGAUAAACGUAUAACUGGGUAACUAUCUAUUUAUGUAUCUAUCAAUCUAUCCAGCCAGCCAGCCAGCCAGCCAGCAAGCAAGCCAUCUAUCUAUACAACAUGU